CUUUAAAAAAUGGGAAGGGAAGAAAACCGCCCAUCCAGCCUGCUGUUACUGCUCUACCAACCUCCUAAUACCGGCGGCACCCACAAGUCUAUUACACGCCGCAGGUCCUUCCCCACCCCACCCUCGGGUUUCGGUACUCGCCUAUCUAUAAUCGUUACUCUGCUGACAAAGGACGAAGAAAGGAAGCGGUGAUAUGCCGAAGAAGCAUAAGAAUCGAGCUUUUUUGGACGGCGCACGCGUGCUUAAUCAAACGGAGGAACGAGCGAGUGAACUACCGGUUGGUUGGUUGGUUGGUUGCUUAAUUGAAAGCCCAUGGAGGCAGGAGGUGAUCAUCACGGCAUGGGCGGUGGAGGGAUGCUCCCGAGGAGCAUAGGAGGGGCAGCAGGAAUGCUGGGGCUGGAGAUGCCCCUACUAAACGCACACCCUCAGCAGCAGCAGCAGCAGCAGCAGUACGUGUCGCCCUUCCAGCAGCCCCAAAACCAGCAGCUAGCUGGACAUCAUUCCUCCUUGAGACAAUCCUCCUACGCGAGCUACGGCGUCCGGGGGAGACAGCAGCAGGCUCAGCACUCCCCGGAGGGCGAGCCCGAGUUUCGAGAGGGCGGCGGUGCUGGCGAUCAUGGGGCGGCGAAGCGGGGGGGCGCGUCGCUGACGUCCCAAUCGCCGUGCCCCUGGACGAGGAUGAAGUGGACCGAUAGCAUGGUCCGCCUCCUCAUCUCGGUCGUGUACAGCGUCGGGGACGACGGAGGAGGAGGGGAAGGCGGCGACCACAAUAAUAUCCAAUUACCGCCCCCCGCCUCCUCGUCCUCCUCCUCCAGGGGAGCGAACACCAGAGGAGGCGGUGCGGCCUCGGCCUCGGCCUCGGCGUCGCAGCAGCAGCAGCAACAGAAGAAGGGGAAAUGGAAGUCGGUGUCGAGGGCGAUGAUGGAGAAGGGGUUCUGCGUGUCGCCGCAGCAGUGCGAGGACAAGUUCAACGACCUGAACAAGAGGUACAAGAGGGUGAUCGAUCUUCUGGGGAAGGGGACGGCGUGCCGGGUGGUGGAGAAUCCGUCCCUCCUCGACACCAUGGACCACCUCCCCGCAAAGGCCAGGGAGGAGGCCCGCAAGCUCCUCAGCUCCAAGCACCUCUUCUUCCCGGAGAUGUGCGCCUAUCACAACGCCGGAAGCGCGAACCCCUCCUGCGCAGCCGGUCCGCCAGCGGCACCAGCAGCGCAGCCGUCCCGGAUGCCUAGCCUUCCGCAGCUGUCGGAUCGGCAGACCAGCUGCUUCCACCACCCGGCCGGCCCCGGCGCAAGCCGAGAGGAGGAGGCGAUCGGCAAGGCCGCCGCCGCGGGAGCGAACGAUGGUCGCCAUCAUCAGCCCGCCGAGGAGGACGAGGACGAGGACGAGGGCGAGGACAACGACGCCGACGAGGAUAGGAGCAAUAACGAGGAGGAGGAGGAGGAGGAUGAGGAGGAGGAGGACGACGACGACCGGCUGGCGGACGACGACCCGCUGGAGGACGACAGGAACGAGGAGGACCGCGGCGGGGACGUCGAGGACAUGAAGGCAGUCGUGACGGCAUCGAAGAGGCAGAAGAGAACGCCCCGGCUGUCGCUGUCGCUGCAGUCGUCGACGACGGCGUCCGCCCGGCUUCAGGAGCUGCGGAGCGAGCUGAUGGGCAUGGCGGCGGCGGCGGCGGCGGCCGGGGAAGGAGGAGGGGGGGCGAUGAUGCAGUGGGUGAGGAGGAGAGCGGCGGAGCUGGAGGAGCAGCGGGUGGGGUAUCAGUGCCGGGCGUUCCAGCUGGAGCGGCAGCGCUUCAAGUGGCUGCGCUUCAGCACCAACAAGGAGCACGAGAUGGAGCGCAUGAAGCUCGACAACGACCGCCUCCGCCUCGACAACGACCGCAUGCUACUCCUCCUCCGCCAGAAGGAGCUCGAACUACUCUCCACCACCGCCAGCGACGCGGCCGGAGGCCAUGCUGCGGCCGCCUCCUCCACCGACCACCAUCACUUCCUCAACCACCACAAACAGCAAGAGUAGAGGAGUCAGCAAGCCAAUGCAGUGACUGCAAUUCCUCACCAAAAUCAACAACCUCAACCAUGCAAGCAGCCAAACAAACGAAACCAGCCUCGCAGCUUCUUUGUGUGCGCUUGUAUUAUUAGGGAAACCAGAGCCUCGCAGCGCUAGUAAGUCUGAAGUUGGUAAUCUUACCAUCCUCAAUUUUAGGAUUUAGGUAAUAUUUUUUAGAUUUGUAGUGUUAAAAAAAAUAAUGAUAAUAACAACAUCACUGGGAAAAGAAGUCUGUCUUUAGGGCUGCGUUUGGUUGGAGAACUAAAUUUUGAAGAACAAUUUUUGUUAUUUCCGAGAACAGAGAAUAUUUCGGUACAAAAUAGAACAAUUGUAAAUUUGUGUUUGGA